GAGCCACGCGCUGGUGUACGGGCCCGGCGGCUCGGCGCCCGGCUUCCAGCACGCCUCGCACCACGUCCAAGACUUCUUCCACCACGGCACCUCCGGCAUCUCCAACUCGGGCUACCAGCAGAACCCGUGCUCGCUGAGCUGCCACGGAGACGCCUCCAAAUUCUAUGGCUACGAGGCGCUCCCCAGACAGUCCCUUUAUGGGACUCAGCAAGAGGCGAGCGUGGUGCAAUAUCCCGACUGUAAAUCCUCCGCCAACACUAACAGUAGCGAAGGACAAGGCCACUUAAAUCAAAACUCGUCUCCCAGCCUCAUGUUUCCAUGGAUGAGACCCCACGCUCCGGGGCGGCGCAGCGGACGGCAAACUUACAGCCGGUAUCAGACCUUGGAACUAGAAAAGGAGUUUCUCUUUAAUCCUUAUUUGACACGAAAGCGCCGGAUUGAAGUCUCUCACGCCCUGGGACUGACCGAGAGACAAGUGAAGAUCUGGUUCCAGAAUCGAAGGAUGAAGUGGAAAAAGGAGAACAACAAAGAUAAACUGCCGGGAGCCCGAGACGAGGAGAAGGUGGAGGAAGAAGGAAACGAGGAAGAGGAGAAAGAAGAAGAGGAAAAGGAAGAAAACAAGGACUAAGCAAAAAAGAGAGACCCCCCCUUUUAGCAACUCCCUUGAAGUUUCGUUUUAUGGUAGCAGAUAAAUUGAGAAGUUUACGACUGUCAUUUGCUUUUAUAGAGAAUAGAAUGACACUCACAACUCUAACUACCUGUCAGAUACUUGCAGCUCUGGUUUUAUUACCUUUGGACUUCCCCUGCUCUUUAUUUGUUUGGGGGCUGGAGGGGGGAGACCGAGACACAGCAAAGAAAAGUUCGGACUCUCUGUCUCACUCCUGGCCCCAACACACACACUUGUCCCUAUCCCCACCCCCUGAGCCUUCCUGAAUUUUAAGGUCUGAGACCUGGCCUCCUCCCUUCUCUUUGCCCCUUCUUGCCACACUCCCACCUCCCUGCUUAGCUGGUAUUUAUUUUAGAGGGAGCCCCUCAAAUGUGGAAGAGGACUUGUGGCUUUGUUUUUAUUCUAAGAUCGGUGUACUAUAUUUACUUUGGAAAAAGAAGGAAAAGGAAAGAGAAAAAUGAAGAAGGAAAGAAAAGAAAAGGAAAAGGAAACUGUUAAAGAAAUAGGGAAAAGAUGGCAAGACAUAUCCCCUCCCCCUCCCUGGGGCUCCCUGCGUAGAAAAACCCCCUUGACUUUCUCCAGGAACCUGAUGGAGACCUGAAGAGAUGUGGGUCUCUCCCCUCCCCCCCCACGUUUCCAUAGGGGCAGAGAGGAGCCUGCAGUCACCUCUAAAAUCCUACCUAGCCAUUCCAUGGCCACUCGGGCCCAUGCCUUCCUCUCCCUCGAUGUUUGAUUUCUGUCCUAUUGGGCCCGGCUUCCUCUGAGCUGCAUUCGUGUUAGCGCUCAGACAUCUCCAUAAUCAUGAAAAUAAUAAUAAUAAUACUGAUAAUAAAUCUUUAACAUACUACCUAAAGGGAACCUGCAAUAAUCUUGAAGAAAAGAAAUUUUUAAAAAUCCUAUUACAGGAGAAAAAAAGAG